AUGAAGUGCCCAAAAUUGGCCGCCAUAUUGUUGUAAAUUGAGUUGCUUGUUCGAUGUGCAGCCUCACAUACGUAUGUGUAGAUGCCAUUCCGUGAGUUACUUUACAAGCAUGUUUUCGGUUAGUAAUAUUAUAAAGUGUUGUACAUGAAGCUUGCUUGUUAAAAUAAAAGGUUAUUGUGUAAUUUGGCUUGUUCGAAUUUGCAGUUCUCGCCGCAAGAGAACGCUAGAUAAGCUAAGCAAAAUGGCGCUGCCCUUUGUUGUGUAGUGGCUGGAGCUGCAGGAAGCAUCGCGAGUACCGCGAUGCUUUUGUGAUGACCGAUGAAUUAUUUCAACUGUGGUGCCGGCUGACGAAGGACACUGUGCGAUGGCUGUGCUGGGAGCUUCGCCAGGACCUGGAGAGGCGGGGUACAGACACGAGAACAGCCCCGACCGUUGUUGUUGUUUUUGUUGAGCUACAAGUGCUUUGCGCCCUUCGCUUGUUUGCCACCGGCAGUCACCAUGACGUGAUCGCAAAGAACGAGGACGUGGCGACGAGCUAGUCCAGUGUGGGUCUCACGAUUCAUGCUGUCAUGGAAGCGAUCAUCGAGCGCCUCGGCAAUAAGUGGAUCGCCCUCCCUGCCAAAAGGAAGGCUUUGUCCACAUAGAUGCAAGAUUUGAAGGCUGCGUUGAGGUGGUCGACGACACGUUCGUGUGCAUAAGUGCGCCGUAUGAAAAGGACGAUGGCAACGAGGCUGCUUACUUUUGCCGCAAGAACUUUUACGCCCUCAGCGUCAUGGUGGUGAGAACAAAUUUCAUCUUAUUCAAUCUCGCGCAUGCUGUUAGUAGAAUGCAAAUGAGGAACGUGAAAGACAGCUUUUCGCCACUCUCCAGUAUUUUAACGACAUUUGCCGUGGCUCCAACUGCAGUGAUAGAAAAGAACGCAGUAGUCGCGGUAAACGAAGUUUCCGUCACUAUUUAGUUUUGGCAGGGUGACGUGACACCCUAAAAAGUUCAUCGAGCUUCAUAUUUGAUCGUGGCAGCUUUUAAGAAAAAUAAUGCAUGAAAGGAAAUCAAACGUGCUGAUUGCGCUCUAAUUUCAUAAACAGUGAUAUGCAGACAUGCAGUAACUGCCACAUAGGAAAUGAAAGAUACAGCUGUCGAAGCUGCGCUCCGAAAGCAACUCGAGAGAAAUAAGUGCGUUGGACCACACAGUUACAGUUGUUCUGCAUGUAGCUGGUUGUAUUGCUGUUGCCGACUUCCUUCCAAUGCAAACACUCUGCAGGUAUGUGACCAACCCUGCCGAUGACUGCCCUCGCACUCGGGGCCCGUGCACGACGCCUUUAUGUGGAAGACAUCCACCGUGAGCCAGGACUGGGCAGUGGACGCCGUGGCCAGGUGAUAGUGCAUACUCGCUUCAACCUUGGCUGCCUAACCCCAUCCCUGGAGCACAUCCUGCAGAAUCCUCUGCUGCCCGAUUCCACCGCACCCACUCUUCACUGCGGUGCGUCGUAUAACUGUGCACUGGAGUCCUCAAGGCCCACUUUCGGUGCUUGCAGAGGUACAGAACACUGUACUAUGGCCCACUCUUCACGUCGAAGAUCAUCGCAGUUUGUGUCGUGCUUCACAACCUCGGUGUUUGGCAGCAGCUGCCUGAGCCAGACGACAUCACUUGCACUGAAGAACUCGAUGGAGAAUAUGCGGACCUUUACAACAACAAUAGCGACGAUACGGCUGCAGUAGACAUGAACCAGGC